AUGGCAAGAAAGGCCGAAUCCCCUGUCCGGCCGCCUGGCAGUCCCAGACAUGACGAGGCUGACAAGCAGGCUGGCGGGUGUGAUUCGGCCAACAGUGAACCCAUCCCUGCUGGGCGAGUGCGCGGCCCUCGCGACUUGAGAUUGAAAUUUUUUGGAUUUGGUGAGCAACAUACGUGGGACUCUAGGCUUCGAGCCAGAGUAAGCGCUCUGAGUCAUGUCGCAUUCCAGGGCGCCUUACAGGCGGCGUAUCUUUGUUUCAUGGUUAGGCUGCCUGAGAGUGUCAUGGACACCGAAUACCUCAUUCUGUUCGACAACUCUCCGAGCCCGGCGCAUCCUGAUCGAAAGCAAUCCGUGAUGGACCAAUGCAUCAUUCUCUAUAUUCAACAGUCCUGGGCGAAGCUUUUGUCGCUACUAGACCCCCGUUGCGAACCACUUUUCCUGUCGACGUCAGUCGCUCCCCUGCAGGAUCUGGAGUCCUACCUGAUGCGCCCGCGUCUUUGCUUACAGUUGAUCCCGCAGAAGAACGAUACGAUAAUAUUAAAAGCCUGCCCUGUCCCAGCGCCCUUGGCGCGUUCAGAGGUUGAUUGGGAUGCAGUGGAAGUUGAGAUGCGAGAUUCCCCUGUCUUCAAACUCUCGGAAGUCCCAGCGGUUCCGCGACGUCGAGCGAGAUAUUUCUAUGCUACGGAAGAUGGAACAGUGCAACGAAGGAGGACGCUCGCUCCGGGUGCUCAAGCUGGAGGAAUCAUCGGCAUCGGCACUCAGUAUGCCGGUAUACUGAUGACUUACAUACCGUCCCCCGUUUCCCUGCUUUACCUUAUCACGGCCGGCAAUGACGGUGAGGUAAGCAUCGCCGAGCGCCAGAAGUGGUAUGAUCAAAUAGCCGACGUGGUUCAUACUCUUCAUCGGCACGGGCUCUUUUGGGUGGAUGUCAAAGCAGCGAAUGUUGCGAUCGACGGUGUCCAUCGCGAGGCGUGGCUCGUGGACUUCGAAGGGACGGCAACUGUGGGCUGGGUGGACUAUAGCAUAUCAGGAACGAAAGCUGAGGACUUGCAAGGAUUGAGCAAGAUGCGCGAGUUCUUGGAAUUGUCGAGCACUAGGCCACGGCGAACGGGGAGACGACGAGGACUGGCCCGGAUAGCAAAGCGAUCCCGAAAUCAGGUCGCUCUAAGAUAG